AUGUCUGGCAACUCCUCGCAGCGCAACGACCCAUUGGAUGAUUCCAGGCCGUGGUGGUUUCCACGAGUGCCCAGCAGACGAGAGCGGAUCCCUGGUGAACGACGUCGUACGGCUCCAACCACAACCACAACCACGUCUGGAGAAUUUCAUAGAGCUAUAGCGAGGUAUAACCGAAACAUUGAACGGGUCCGCCGGAAUCUCGACGCUGUAGAAAACCGACGUUAUCAUCCGGAAGCCAGCAUGUCCUCUGCUGAUAGGGAUCUGCGACGAAGAUUCAAUCGUGAUCCGCCCACCACCAACGACCCGCCCGCAGUCCCCGGCGCUCCCUCACUCCCCCCUCUCCGGUCUCUUGGCUCGAGAGCUCGACCUGGCAUGGCGUCGGGGUCAGGCUCACGAUCAAGCCGCUACCGCCCCGAGCGGUUGCUCCGCGCCACCAACUUUGAUUCCCGCAUCAAUAAUACUUCUUCGCAUGUCGUCUCCGAUGAGCAUCCCGACGCCAACUCUCACCUUCGCGCCCUCUUGGACUUGCCCAAUAUCGGCACCCUCAUCUCACCACUGGCUCCCACGAGCAUGACGCCCACAUUGUACAGCCAGGACACCGAGGACACCCGUCGCACCAAGCGGCGAAAGCUGGACAAUGACAAGGUCGGUCCAAAGUUCAAGGGGUUCCAUUAUGGACAUUAUGGACAGUUGGAGCCCGGCAGGUUGACCAUGGAGAUUGUGAGCUGUGACGGGGGGCUCUAUCAAGAAUCACUACAAUACCCGCCGGAAAAUAUCCUGAAGAAUGACGAUUCAGUGUACUGCACCAAAGGCAAUCGGUGCAACAUCAUCCUGAGGCAUACAGGCGGGACCGUUUUCAGCCUUACCGAGCUUGUCAUCAAGGCCCCCGGAUCAAGCUACUCAUGCCCGGUUAGAGAAGGGAUGGUAUUUGUGGCCAUGAAGUCAGACGAGCUCCUCACCCGCACAGCGCAGUAUCAGAUCCAGUAUCUCCCCCCGCAACAAAGGACAAAUAACACCCUAGUAUAUUCGGUCCGUCAUGAGGAGGACGGUAGUUCCAUCACACGCCUUCAACCACCAGUGCGGGAAUUCAGCUUUGGUUUGGACGACGAUGAGGACUAUAGAACAGCCCAAAUCCCGCCAGAGUUUGCUGUACCGCCACCACCCUUCAACAUUACGACAGAAUGUACCGACGAUGGUAGCGACGACGAUGAUGAUGGACGUGUACUUCCCCCGCAUCUCCGGUCACGUAACAGAAGGACGCCGAACCGUAUAGGGUCACUGCCAUUUGAGAGCGAGAGCAGCGAAGAGGACCGAGACCCAUGGGGUAACCCGUCCUCGGACUGGAGAGCUUUCGAUAACUUGACUCGGCGUCGAUAUACCGCUCGCGGUGGCGGACGGCAGCAUGAAAGUACCAGCAGUACGACGUUGGAAGAAGCCCAAGAAGCUUCGCAAAUCGCAACGCAAGAGGCGGUACGGGCAGUUGGUGGCGAGCUCAUGGCACCGUUGGCACACUUCUUUAUCGAAAAGGAUAAGAAUAAGUGCACCAUUCGGUUUGAUCCGCCAGUGAGCGGGCGUUUUAUACUCCUCAAGAUGUGGAGUCCUCCACAGGACCUGUCUGAUCGGUCGAGCAAUAUCGAUAUCGAGGCAGUGGUUGCCCAAGGAUUUGCCGGGCCAAGGUACUUUCCUUCAGUGGAGCUUGCCUAA